AUGCCUCAGGCGCUCCAAUACCGCCAUGUUAACCGAUCACAGGCUGAAAAGGGAUGGGAUAUAGUGCACUAUCCAUGCUUUGGCAUGUUUUGGUUUCUGCACUUCGACCUAGCCGGGUCUCCCAUCUAUGAUGAAAUAGUAGCCAAAGUGAAAGAGGGCGCUUUGCUACUUGACCUAGGCUGUGCGUUGGGUCAAGAUAUCCGACGACUUGUGUAUGACGGCGCUCCUCAGGAACAUUUGAUUGGCCUAGAUCUUCGCCAGGAAUUCAUCGAUCUUGGGUUUGAACUUUUCCAGGACCGGACCUCCUUGCAUUCGACCUUCGUUGCUCAGGACUUUUUGGACGAUGCCCAAAGCUUGGAACCAUGGGCAGGGAACCUCAAAAUCAUCAAUUCGGGCUACUUCAUGCAUCUGUGGGGAUGGGAAGGACAACUGAACGUGGCAAAGCGCAUUGUCAGCUUGCUCUCUCUGCAAGGUGGUAGUAUUGUUACAGGUGUACACUUUGGGAGCGAGGAGACGGGACAUACGACCAAGGUCCCAGAAAACGUCGAUCCUCUGUUUCUCCACGAUUGCGACACCUUGAAGAGGCUUUGGGAGCAAGUUGGGAGAGAAACACAAACCAGAGUGUCUGUCUGGAUGGCAACGGAGCGGGAUGAAGAUUAUCUGAGGUUGGACCCAAAGGCUUUCCGUCUCCGAUGGUAUGUGAGACUGUGGAGAGACUGA